AUGCUACUUAAAGACCCAUUCAUCUGGACUCCAGAAGGCAACAAAGCUUACGAAGAUAUUAAGAACGCUCUAACUUCACUGCAAGUAUUCAUCCAGUAUGUUCCAACCUUGCCUCUUCUGUUAGCCACCGACGCCAGCAAAACAAGUCUCGGUGCAGUGUUCUCUCAUCGACUAAGCAACGGCCAAUCGCUAUGGGCGGUACAAAAUUUCUUCAAUUACUUGUACGCACGCCACUUCACGCUUAUCACAAAUCACCAGCCAUUGACACAAAUUCUGUAUCCUGAGAAGUCACUACCGUGUAUCGGUCACAUGGCCAACUAUGCUGACUAUCUGGCACACUUUGACUACGACAUUGUUUUCAAGACUUCUAAAGACAACGCUAACGCAGACUAUUGUUCCAGAGCACCAUUAACUUCUACAGUAAACAUCAUUGACAACUCUUCUUCGUCACAAAGGGAAGAAGCACAGGAUUUCGACGAUUUCGAUUGUUUUGCUAUACAUCAAACUCAGCAACUACAAGUGAGAGCAGAAGCAAUCACACGCGAAACGAGAAAAUACCUACACCUUGGAAAAAUCGUGAAAAUUCUAGAAGAUCCACAAGAUUUAGUAUACCACAACUUUAAAGCUCGCGAAGUUAAGUAUACCCUAGCAGCCAACUGCUUGACGUUUGAACAUAGAGUAGUGAUUCCGCCUUUUCUACGAGACACCAUCCCCAACGAUCUUCAUGUCGCUCAAAUAGGCAUAGGCAAAAUGAAAGGAUUGGCACGUUCCUUUGUUUUUUGGCCAGGCAUAGACGCAGACAUUGAGAGACUUGCUAAGUCUUGCGCCGCAUGUGUAACAUAA